AUGGACGACCGUCAACCGCUUUUGCUGGACAGCCCCGAGGUUGGAGAGGACGAGAUUGUGGCCUAUGUCCAGCAACGACGUGCUUCAAUUGCAUCUGCUGGAGCCACUAAUAUUCCUUCUGUUUUCCAGCUUACGCCGAAGAGAUCGAGGCAGAGUCUUUCUGAGCUUCAUCGAACACCGUCCCAUGUUUCCCAUCAUGAAUCGUUGAACGAUAUCUUGUCAGUGCACUCGGCAGCUAUGUUGAGCGAGCCAAAGACGACCAUAUUCAGGGAAACACGAACCCUUUUGAAGUACUCGGUGCCGUUAAUUAUCACUUUCUUGCUACAGUACUCAUUGACUGUGGCAUCUGUGUUUUCAGUGGGCCGCUUGGGGCCUACGGAAUUGGCAGCUGUGUCUCUUUCGUCUAUGACUGCUAAUAUCAGUGGGUAUGCUAUUAUUCAGGGUGUUUCGACUUGCUUGGAUACAUUGUGUGCUCAGGCUCACGGCAGAAAGGAUUUCAACACUGUGGGAUUGCACUUUGUACGGUGUACAUACUUGCUUAUGUUGUGCUAUAUCCCAAUGUUCAUCCUUUGGAUGUUCUUUUCCCAGCCGAUUUUGUUGGUUUUGGUGGGUGAGGAGAAACACCACUUGGUGACGCUAGCAAGCAGGUACUUGAAGAUCCUCUCCUUUGGACUUCCCGGCUUUAUCGUGUUUGAAAACCUAAAGCAUUUCUUGCAGUCCCAAGGCAUCUUCCAUGCCUCCACUUACGUUCUUUUGUUCUGUGCCCCUAUGAAUGCCUUCUUGAACUACUUUCUUGUCUGGAACAAGCAUGUAGGUCUUGGCUUCGAGGGAGCACCGUUAUCCGUGGUAAUCACCAAUUGGGUAAUGUGUCUUGCCCUUUGGUGCUAUACCAAAUACAUUGACGGCUACCAUUGCUUACCUAGACAGAACCUUCUUCACAAGACGUACUUCAGCAAUUGGCAGCGGAUGAUCGACUUAUCUGUUCCUGGAGUGUUGAUGGUAGAGGCCGAAUGGUUGGCGUUUGAAAUUAUCACAUUCAUUGCCUCCACUUUCGGUACAGAAGUAUUGGCAGCUCAGUCGAUUGUCUCCACUACGUGCGUCCUCUUGUACCAGAUACCAUUUGCAUUGUCUAUCACCGCGUCGACCAGAAUCGCGUGGUACAUUGGAGCUGCUUCAAAGAAAGCGGCCUUGGUUGCAACAAAAGCCUCUAUGUACACUGCGUUAUGCUUUGGUGUAUUCAAUGCUGCAUUUCUCUUCAGCUUCAGGCAUUUCUUUGCAUCGCUUUUCACUGACGACUCGAACGUGCUUGAGAUUGCAUCCAAAGUGUUGAUAGUGGGAGCCGUGUACCAAAUCAACGACUUCCUUUCUUGUACGUCUGGAGGUAUUUUGAGAGGCCAAGGAAGACAGAAGAUUGCAGGAUACUUGAACCUCAUAUCGUAUUAUGUGAUUGCGUUGCCCAGUGCAGUGUUUUUCGCUUUCUCCCUCAAGCUCGAGUUGAUCGGUUUAUGGAUGGGUAUGAUCAUUGCGCUUUUCUUUGUUUCUGUAUCACAAACCUACUAUGUUGUUGCAAGUGACUGGGAUCACAUUAUUAGAGAGUGUAUUGAAGAAGGUGUUGUUGAGGAUGGCGCUCUCAACAUUGAAGCGACAUCACUGGUACCAGCCAUGCUGUCCAGCCACCUUGUCUAG